AUGCUUGAUGGAAACGAAGAUGAUAACGCAGCGAGAGGCGAAAAGGCAGUGGCUGAUGAGGUACAGUUAUUAUCAGAAUUUAAAAAAUGAAAUGAACUUUUUGCAGUAACCCUGGUUUUGAGAUAUUUGUGUUAAAGUUAUUUUACAAGGUUAAAAUAGUUAAAAAAAAUAUUUUCGAAUUUCUGAACUAAUAUUUAUGUGAAAGAUAAAAAAAUUAGUUUUAGGAAUCGUUAGAAAGCGAUGACACUGAGCUUUUGAAUGAUGAAGAAGAGUCGACAGAAGAUGAAGACGAGGAAGUUGAUGAGGACGAAGACGAAGAGGAAAAUGAAGAUGAAGAUGAAGAAGAAGAAGACGUUGAACUUGAAGGUAGCGAGGGAAGUGAAACCAGCGAAACAGACGGUAAAGUCGUUUUCUCAAGACUUUAUCAUUUUAUAACGAUUUCAGAGUCUACGGAAGGCGACACAAGCGAUUCAGACGAGUCAGUUUGGUCGACGAGGGGCGAAAUCGUCGAGGCGACACAUGAAGCCGAGGUUUUCAGUUGAAGAGCUGCUAAUUCAAAAUAAGUUUCUUUUCAGGAAGCCCUAUCGAUGCGAAAUUUUCACCGAGCUUUGGAAUUGAUGAUCGAAAACAAAGAGGAAAAGGCUGUCGAGAUUUUCAAAAAGCUUCUCAGAAAAUCGUACAUUUCUCGGUUUGAAAGGCCGAUUGUUGAGAUUUUCUUCGACGAGGACAUCACCGAGGAUAAAGAGAAUAAGUUAGUUUAUAAGAUUGUAAAUGAGAAAUUUUUUUUUCCUUUUUUUUUUGCUGCUCCGGCGGGCCUAAAAUUUAAUUUGAGAAAUAGGAGGUUUAGGAUUUUUUUCAGAAUAGUCAGUUGGUUAGUCCUUAUACCUGCUCUUCAAGCUCAAUUUUGUUUAGUUUUGGAAAUUUUCUGAAAAGUCUGGUGUUUCUUUCUCAGAAAGGUCCACAUUUUAAAGAUUUUUGCAGGAUAUUUUGUUGCAUUUGUGUACAUUUUGCUCCGAAAUGGAGUAUGUUUUGUAUAAAACCAGAUUUCUCCCCCGACACAAAAAUUAUUUUUGACAGGCUUAGCAAAAUGGGCAAGCUGUUCGUGGCGAUUCACAAAAAUUUGGCAAAAUUAGAGGAGGAUCAAGCAAUUUAUCACUAUUUACAAGUAGUUUUGUUCAUUUUUUUUCAAAUAUAUUUGCUUUUUGAGGUUUUGAAUUUGGCACCGAAUAAUCCCGAAGUUUGGUUCGACGUCGCCAUAAAGAGCGUUCACACGGGCGACUUGAACUUUGCCAAGUCGGCCUUCAGAAAAUGCGAUUUUGUCGAUUCGGCUGAAGCCAGGGCCACUACGCUCUUCAUUUCUUAUGAUUAUAAAGGUUUGAGAGCACCAAUUUUUCAAAAAAAUAGUAUUUGGCAAGUCAUUUAGAACCUUUUUUUCAAUGCUAAAGGUACCUUUUUGUUCUCUAUCUUUUUUGUGAGGAAUGUUUAUGAAACCUGUGAAAAAAACAGAUUUUUUUCAAAUUUUUCUUACUUUGAUCCAUAAAAGUUAGUUCAAAAUCUCAUUUAAACGUCUAAAUUUACAAUUUUCACAUCCUUUAUGGAAGCUAAUGUGUGAAUAUCUUUGAAAGCUGUAUAAAUAUCUAAUUUUUAACUGUCAAAUGUUUUUUUUAAUCAACAACUUCAUUUUUUUUCACGGAAUCGAAAUUUUAACUCCCAUUUUCCAGAAUGCCUGACCGUUCUGAGAGAAUUCGAAGAGCGUGGACACUCAUUGAAUGAUAAAAUGAUAUUUUUGAAGAAUAGCAUCCGUUCCUCAAGUGAUUAUCAUAAGUACCUUGCAUCUAAAAAAAUUACCUUAAGUUUAAAUCUUCCAGAGAACUAUGCGAUGAAAUAUUCCAGGAAAAUGAACGCUACAAUGGAAUCAAAACCAUUCAUAUGACCAAAAUGAAUGAGGUUUUUAGCGGAUGAAAAAAAAAUUAUUUGAUUUUUCCAGUACAAAAGUCGCAUCGAAGCACUGGAAAAUAAAAUUCGGAAGGCGAAUGAAGAAAAAUGUGCCGAUAUUUUCAAGGAAGAAACCCUAGAACCCGUUUUUUUGGACAUUUUUUAUGAUCAGGAGUGGGUUUUUUUUUCGAAUUGGUUCAGUAAAAACGAGAAUUCAAAGAAUCUUUAUGGAAUUUAUGCGUAGUUUACAGUUAAAAAGAUAGGAAAAGUCGAUUUUUCAGCGUUCCUAUUCAUUCUACGGAUUAUUUUGUACUCUCGAAUCAUCUAAAAAGAUUUCACUGUUAUUAUUUAAAUCUUGAAACUGUUUUUUGAGUUCAAAGAUGAAAAUUCAGGUGAUAACUCAACAUUCUCCAGUCAUUUCUUUCUAUUUUUCCUAAAUUUUCAGCCUCGAAACUGUCGGAACAAUUUUCUGCGACUUAUAUGAUAGGAUCGAAGCUUUUUCAUCGGUUUGUUCCACUUUAAAUUUCAUUAUUUAGGUUUUUUUUGUUAAAGCUUAUGAGCUAGUUGAGUUUCUCACAUGGAAAAUGAAAUUUUUUUGAAUGUACAAAAGUCUUAACAUAUUUUCCACUUCGAUAACCAAAAAUAUGAGUUUCCGGCUUCAAAUAAUACAUUUUUAAGUAGUUGAAAUGUUUUUCUGUUGUGAGAAUGAACAAUUCAAAAAAAAUAAAAGAAAAAAGAUGCCGCAAUAAAAAAAAUUUUCAAUGAAAAAUGUUCCAGCUCCACCGUCAAAAAAUCGUUUUCCGGGAGUGGGGCGACCGGCGGAUGUACUUUGACGUCAAAGAGACACUGGAAGACAUUCUGGACGUGGUGGAGGUCGUGGAAGAUCUGACGGAGAAAGUCUCCAAAAAAGCAGUCCGACAGAGGAAAUCCGAGUUCACGUGGAGUUGGACUCCGCGCGCGGCCCCUACUGUUCGCAUUUUCGAACCGUCCACCUCUCAAGACAGUUCUCCGGCAAGGGAGGAAGAUUCCGAAUGCGACUCCGGUUGCGAAACGACCACGACGUCGGAUGAAGACGUGGAAAUGGCGCCGAAAGUCGUGCUCCCGAAGAGUGAUGUCAGUGGUGUUUUUUGAGACUGAGACUUUCUUUUUAAAAAUGAGCUGGAUUUCCUGAUUUUUAUUGAGCUUAAGGGGUUGCUAGGAACGUUAAAUUUUCUUCAUCUUUGACUGAAAUCGCCUUGGACCUUUUUUAUAAUAAUUUUCGUAACGUUCUUGCCAAUCUUCAUUGCUUUUUCUCCGCCUGAUUAAAUAUAUCAGUUAUCACACAAUUUUUCAAUGUAAUCCAAAUAAGAUGAUACUUUUCAGCUCGCCACGAGCCUCAGAUUGAGCUGUUCCACUUCGUUUGAACCAAUCGAACCGCCGAAAAUUGAUAAAGAACUGUUCGUUUUUCAAUUUUUUCAAAGUCCAUAUCAUAUUUUUGAGGUUAGUAGUUGAAGAUGUCAAGUUUUUCGACGAAGAAGCUGUUCUGGAAAAGCUCAGGGGGACGUUGAUGGGCAAGGAGAUGCGAAUGUUCGAUGUAUUAGGUUUUUUUUUUGAGUUUUCACUGUUCCAAAUAGGUUUUGAGAAGUUUUUUUGAACUAUUAUAUGGUUUUAUUUCUUUUUUUUUGCAAAUUUUUAAAUUUAUGCUUUUGUUAUUUUUAAGUUAGACUUUAUUUAUUCAACAGAUAAAGUCAGAAAUGUUUUUUGAAAUUUACGAUUUUUUUUUUCAGAAGCCUUUCUUUUGACAAUCUGCGAUUUUUGUCCAAAUCAAGGGGCUGUUCCAGAGGAACUGAAACUUGUACUGACUCAGUGUUAUCGGAGGUUCAGUUUGAUUUGAAAAAUCGAACAAAAUUUGUUUUUUAGGCUGAUAAAUAUCGAUAAAAGAUUGAUGGAGAGCAAAUAUUUGGAGCUUCAUCAGUUGAUGUACGAAUUGGGUUAGUUUUCAUAAGAGAGAGAUUAGAGAAUUAUUGAUAAAAUAUAAUAAAAAAAUCAAUAAAAAUCAACCAAAACUGGGAGACAUUGAUUGAAUGCGCAACACAUCUUAAUUGAAUCACCCUGUUUUUUUCAAGCUUUUUUUUUUCAGACGAAUUGGAAGCUCAAACCUACUGCCGACGGGCUUUUUCUGAAGAUUUCCCUUUCUUCACAACCGAAGAUCAACUCGACGAAGAUUUUCGAGCCCGAAAAUCAACUUUAUCUCCGGUUUUGGUGGAAAUAUGCUUUUCGGUGCGCAUCAAUUGA